AUGUCGGCUCAAGGAUACUACCAAUCCGGCCCUCCACCUCCCCAGCCAGCCUACGGCGGCCAAGGCGGUUACCCGCAACAAUACCCUCCUCAACAAGGCGGCUACGCGCCCCAACAGCCCAUGGGCUACUACCCGCCGCAAGGCCAGCAGCAGCCGAUGCAGUACCAGCAAGCGCCUGCGCAGGCGCCGCGCAAGCAGAAGAAGGACCGGGAUGGGUUAAUGGGGGUUGCAAGCUCUGGAUUUCGGAUACUGGAUGGCGAAAUUCAGUGCAAGGACAAGGCAUGA